UGGUGGUGGUUGCUUGUUUGCGUGGUGACUUUACCUUUUGAAGUAACCUGAACUGAAGUAGUUAGAUCUCCUCCAUGCAUCCCUUCGUGUCGCUUGGUCAUGAUGCACUGACGGGUCCUGGCCAGCUCAAAUAAUAAUUACGCCCUUCUCUUGGACUGCGCGUUGCGGAGCGAUCUAACCAGCGGAAAGAUGAAGCAAAGCUACUGAAUCCAGCUCUUGCAAGACCGUGGAUUCAGGAGAGGCCCGGAGAAAGCAAAGCCAAACCUUCACUUCAACACGCAUCUCUACACGUGUGCGCAUGCCACCUUGCCAAUGGCAAGCCGUGACAUUCGCAGUGCCGAAAUUCGUGCCGACAUUCGGAAUACCGAGGACGAGUUUGCAGCGAUAAUGCAGGGGCUUAUUGAUGGACAAUGUGGCAAGUGCUCAACAAUCUGCAAGGAGUUUCAGUCACUGGGAGUGAAAGAUCUGGCUCGGCAUGUGAAUUCAAGACCCGAGAUACGUGCUGGUAAUGUUGAUGAAGAUGUACCACCCUGCAUCCAAAUGAGAGAUGCCCUAUGCGGACCGUCAACAUCUCGUGCUGCAACUCCACAUGCCAGCAGUGGCCCACUGUUUCCCGCUUAUUUUCCUCCGGACAACAGCAAUACAACCCUCAGUGGCGAUUGCAGUAGCGAUGACAGCAGCAGCAGCGGCGGUAACAGCAGCAGCGGCAGUAGCAGCAGCAGUAUCAUCAUCAUCAGCGACAGCAGCAGCAGCAGCAAUAGCCAUAACAUCGGGGAGAGAGCGGCAAAAGGCGUGACCGGCAUAGAGGAGACCAAUCUACCUCCCCCGAUUCCGGCAUUAUAUCCGAGACCAGACCUACCAGCCCACCAAGCAACCAGUAUUUGCACGUCAGUUACCGCUGCUUUCCUUUCUGGUGUACUGGGCAUUGCAAAAGACCCAGGUCCGUCAGCGGUUGCACGCUUGAGCGAUAGAGAUUGUGAUACAAGCAGGUCUGCGGCUGUGUUGGGUCAGGCGAACCGCACUGUUAUCGUUAGCGAUGGUGCUGCUGUUCUCUUGAACAAUCCCGGUGCGCCUGGGCCAAAACGGGGUCUACCUUGGGGCUUUGCACUGCCGUCCAUCACACCACCUCAGAACACGGCUGCGGGAAAAUCAGCACCCCGAGACGUGCUUCAUGUUGGAAGCAGUCAGUUGAGACCGCCACCUCCUGCCGUGGCAAAUUCAUCAUUCUCGCCCACACCGUCUGGUCCACAGGCAGCUGCCAUCGCAGUAAGACGGUCAGAGGGUCAAGCUCCUCAUGCAGCAGCUGCACAGGAUCUAUGUGCAGCCCUUGAGCUUUGUACGUGGCAAGUGAACUCGCCGGUUGGCCAGCCGGCCACUGCAGCCCGCGGUGAUCCCGGUCACGCAUUCGCCGACAAGGCCGACUUGGACUGCGGAGACAGACACCAGGUGUACAGCGAGCGCCGCGCUGUAGAUCUGGUGCACACGGCUUCAAUAGGUGGCAUGGCAAUGAGCAAGUUUGCAGUCGGCGGUGCACUCAACCCGGCGAAGACUGCGGUACCCUCAGGACAGCCAUUGGCAAGCGCCGCGGGUGCACCAUACUUGCCCGAUCAACACAUGCCAACGUUCCUAUCAGAGCAGAGCCCCCGUUACGCCGAUGCAGCCGACCUGAGCACUUGUAGCAGCAAUCCAAAUUCUAGCUGCCCCGCUCCGCAUGGCGCACACGCUACCGAACCACUGGACAGCAUGGUGGAGACGAAGCCAAUGGUGCGAAUCACCAGUGCCGACAAUUCACUGCAGCAAAAAAUUGUUGCUGCAAGCAAGGAGUACGUCGUCCCCGAGAAGAAGCAGGACAGGGCACCAACGGCUGAAAGUUCAAGCGUGAGCUCCACCUCUAGCGGCCCGGCUGUCAUGGGGAGUCGACCCACCGGUGGUGGUGCUGCUGAUACUACUGAGGACGAUACCGCUGCUAAUGAUCAACCAGCCUUAGCGGCGUCGACGUCCCGCUCCAGCAGGCUUGACAGGCUGGAAAGGGGCCAGCUGCAGCAGGGGAAGUCGUUGCAAGAACUCAAAAGCUUGGUGCAGCAGCUAGUAACAUUGCACACUUUGCAGCCGGUGAGACUUGGAGCAAGACACCCCAAACCGAAGAGCCCAGGCGGAUCUCUGAGCAGCAGUGAUGAUCUUGCGUCGCACGAGGUGCCUGAUCGUUUGCCCCUUCUGCCAAGCAUGUCUGAGAAGGAGCAGAAUCAGUUGCUAGCUCAAACUGUUUCACCCGGCAAUACUCCUCCACGUCCUCGUAGUAAAAGCAGUGCUCCAGCGCCAUCAUCACCUAAAGGCCACGUCAAGUUCGCCGAGCGUGUCGCACACCAAGGCCUGAGCAGCGCGGAUGUUCUAGUGCCCACGCCACCAUCCUCUUCCGCACCAUCAUCACAGCACAAGCAAGUGAUGGACGAUGAUGACGAUGAGCCCAAUGACAUUCUAUUCCUCAUGUCCACCCGGGAGCAGCAGUGCACGAUUAUGUAGACUAACCAAACUAACUGGGAUGUUGCAUCCGUGACACAAACAUCUACUACUGAUGCUUUGAGGAACUGCCCCGGAUGCAUGGUGGCAGCCUACUGCCGUGAUCCGUAACCUCCAGCUGCAGAGCAUGCCGGGAACGUUGGAGCGUACUCUGUGCGCCCAACGGGGAACUUCUCCUAGCAUACAUCCGGCAAGCAUUCUCGUCUCCAAGGUUAUGUAUCUGAGUGUUACCUCUUCUUGUUUGCGACAGGCACCUGAGCAUGUCGGCAAUGUUUUUUGUGUUAGUUCUUGUGGCUAGUGUGCUUUCGUUUGGUCAAAACUCCGUUCAGAUGUUUUUUUAACUGAUUUAAUCGUUCAACGCACCCUCACCAAUUCGGCCUUGACUUGCCUCCAUUCCACUGUUUCCAAUAUACAGUGCAAGUUAGUGUGGUACUCGGCGCACUGAGCAGAGUGCACAGCCGGUAGCAGUACCGGUAGUAGUACACUACAUGUACUCUGAACACACUAUAGAACGAGGUCUGUCUCGUUGUCCAGGAAACGGCCAAUCAGCGACAUCCCCGCCUACGGCCCUCAGGCUAACCCGUCGGGCACUAACAAGACAUACGGCCCUCCCUGCCAUGCACUAACUUAUAAACAGUGCUGCCUCGGUGCCUCAGCCCCAGGCAGGCCAUCCCGAGCAGCAGUGUGAUAGGAUAUGUUGUACUUUCCAGCACUGAGCCUUUCCGCUGUACUAUUUUCUUACCAGUUUUAUUCAGUACAAGUAGCUCAACCAUAGGUUCCUUGCUGAUCGUUCUGAUCUAGCUGCGCAGCUUCAACUAUAAUAGAAUUCCUGCCUCUCUCAGCUUUUAUCCAAUGUUACCACUGUCAUACUUCUUUUCCUUUUGCCUGAAUCAGAAUACGCAUUACGAUAAAUCAUGACUGAAUAACCACACUGAUAACCUAUAACCAACUCUAUUAGAAAUAAUGGUGGCUCUCUGUUGCGACAAUCCAUUGCAUACAGUACUGUCUGGCGGGUCAGGGUUCUAGCCUAGCCCGUUCUUAUUUUUAGCGAACACAGCAGUUUCGUUCUUAUCCGACGGUACCGUCUUACAUGUA